GUGAGUCCAUCUGCGGUGGCCGCCGGGGCCCGGGGCAGUGAGUGCGCCAGCUGAGACCUGCCCGCCGCUGCCAUGGCUGAAGUGCGCAAAUUCACUAAGCGGCUCAGCAAGCCCGGCACAGCGGCCGAGCUUCGGCAGAGCGUGUCGGAGGCCGUGCGGAGCUCUGUGGUGCUGGAAAAGACCAAAGUUGUGGAGCCCCUGGACUAUGAGAAUGUUGUCAUCCAGAGAAGAACCCAGAUUUUCAGUGACCCUCUCCGAGACCUACUUAUGUUUCCAAUGGAAGAUCUCUCUAUCUCAAUGAUAAGUCGACAGCGUAGAACAGUGCAGUCCACAGUACCAGAAGAUGCUGAGAAAAGAGCCCAGAGUCUGUUUGUUAAAGAGUGUAUUAAAACCUACAGCACAGAUUGGCAUGUACUAAACUACAAAUAUGAAGACUUCUCCGGGGACUUUCGAAUGUUGCCAUGCAAAUCUCUGAGACCAGAAAAGAUUCCCAAUCAUGUAUUUGAGAUUGAUGAAGACUGUGAGAAAGAUGAGGACUCAUCGUCUUUAUGUUCUCAGAAGGGUGGUGUGAUAAAACAAGGCUGGUUGCAUAAAGCAAAUGUAAAUAGCACCAUCCCGGUUACCAUGAAGGUAUUCAAGAGGCGGUAUUUCUACUUGACUCAGCUUCCUGAUGGUUCAUAUAUUCUUAAUUCCUAUAAAGAUGAAAAAAAUUCAAAAGAAUCUAAAGGUUGCAUCUACUUGGACGCCUGCAUUGAUGUUGUUCAGUGCCCCAAAAUGCGCCGUCAUGCCUUUGAACUCAAGAUGUUUGAUAAGUACAGCCAUUAUCUGGCUGCUGAAACUGAGCAGGAAAUGGAGGAAUGGUUGAUAACUUUGAAAAAGAUUAUUCAGAUCAAUACCGACAGUUUAGUGCAAGAGAAAAAAGAGACGGUCGAAACAGCACAAGAUGAUGAAACUAGCAGCCAAGGAAAAGCCGAGAACAUCAUGGCCAGUUUGGAGAGGAGCAUGCAUCCGGAGCUGAUGAAGUAUGGAAGAGAAACUGAACAGCUAAACAAACUCAGCAGAGGAGAUGGAAGACAGAAUCUCUUUUCUUUUGAUUCAGAAGUUCAGAGGUUGGACUUUUCAGGAAUUGAACCUGAUAUAAAGCCAUUUGAAGAAAAGUGUAACAAGCGUUUCCUGGUAAAUUGCCAUGAUUUAACUUUUAAUAUCUUGGGUCAAGUUGGAGACAAUGCUAAGGGACCACCCACAAAUGUGGAACCCUUUUUUGUCAAUCUUGCUUUGUUUGAUGUAAGGAACAAUUGUAAGAUUUCAGCUGACUUCCAUGUAGAUUUAAAUCCCCCGUGUGUCCGUGAAAUGCUGUGGGGUACUUCAGCCCAACUGGUCAGCGAUGGAAACCUAAAAGGUUCUUUACCCGAAACUUGCAUUCAUGGAAUUGCUGAAUCUCAGUUACGCUGCAUAAAACAGGGCAUUUUCUCAGUGACAAUUCCACACCCUGAAAUUUUUCUGGUUGCAAGAAUUGAAAAAGUGCUACAGGGCAACAUCACACACUGUGCAGAACCCUAUAUCAAAAAUUCUGACCCAGUGAAGACGGCCCAGAAGGUACACAGGACAGCUAAGCAAGUGUGUAGCCGGCUCGGACAAUACAGAAUGCCCUUUGCUUGGGCUGCCAGACCCAUUUUCAAAGAUACCCAAGGCUCUCUGGAUCUGGAAGGCAGAUUUUCUCCUUUGUAUAAACAAGACAGUAGCAAGCUGUCUAAUGAAGAUAUCCUCAAGUUGCUCUCAGAAUAUAAGAAGCCAGAAAAAACCAAAUUACAGAUCAUUCCUGGACAGCUGAACAUCACAGUAGAAUGUGUUCCUGUGGAUUUAUCAAAUUGUAUUACUUCUUCAUAUGUGCCCCUGAAGCCUUUUGAAAAGAAUUGUCAAAAUAUUACUGUGGAAGUUGAAGAGUUUGUUCCGGAAAUGACAAAAUAUUGUUAUCCAUUUACUGUUUACAAAAACCAUCUGUAUGUAUAUCCCUUGCAGUUAAAAUACGAUAGCCAGAAAACCUUUGCCAAGGCAAGGAACAUUGCCGUCUGCGUGGAAUUCCGGGACUCAGAUGAAACUGAUGCUACUGCGUUGAAGUGUAUUUAUGGAAAACCUGCAGGAUCAGUUUUUACCACAAAUGCGUAUGCUGUUGUCUCGCAUCACAACCAAAAUCCAGAGUUCUACGAUGAGGUUAAGAUUGAGCUUCCCAUUCACCUUCAUCAGAAGCAUCAUUUGCUUUUUACUUUUUAUCAUGUAAGUUGUGAAAUUAACACAAAGGGAACAACCAAAAAGCAGGACAUGGUUGAAACUCCAGUUGGAUUUGCCUGGGUACCUCUGCUGAAGGAUGGUAGAAUCAUCACAUUUGAGCAGCAAUUGCCAGUUUCAGCCAAUCUUCCCCCAGGCUACUUGAAUCUGAAUGAUGCAGAAUCAAGAAGGCAAACCAAUGUGGAUAUUAAGUGGGUGGAUGGUGCAAAGCCUUUGUUAAAGGUUAAAAGCCACUUAGAGUCAACCAUUUACACUCAAGAUCUGCACGUGCACAAAUUCUUCCAUCAUUGCCAGCUGAUUCAGUCAGGCUCUAAAGAAGUUCCAGGGGAACUCAUUAAAUAUGUAAAGUGUUUGCAUGCCAUGGAGAUCCAAGUCAUGAUACAGUUUCUACCUGUAAUUCUUAUGCAACUCUUCCGAGUUCUCACAAAUAUGACCCACGAAGAUGACGUUCCUAUCAACUGCACCAUGGUUCUCUUACAUAUUGUAUCAAAGUGCCAUGAAGAAGGCUUGGAUAACUAUUUGAGGUCCUUCAUAAAGUAUAGCUUCCGACCUGAAAAACCCAGUGCUCCUCAGGCCCAGCUAAUACACGAAACCCUUGCUACUAGGAUGAUAGCAAUACUGAAGCAGUCUGCAGAUUUUUUGGCAAUAAACAAACUGCUAAAGUACUCAUGGUUUUUCUUUGAAAUUAUUGCAAAGUCGAUGGCUACAUACUUGUUGGAAGAGAAUAAAAUUAAGCUUCCCAGAGGCCAGAGGUUUCCCGAAGCAUAUCGCCAUGUCUUGCAUUCACUACUCCUGGCAAUAAUUCCCCAUGUGACAAUUCGCUAUACAGAGAUUCCUGAUGAGUCCAGAAAUGUCAAUUAUAGUUUCGCUAGUUUCCUCAAGCGCUGUUUGACACUAAUGGAUAGAGGAUUUGUUUUCAAUUUGAUAAACGAUUAUAUAUCUGCAUUCAGCCCCAAAGAUCCUAAGGUCCUGGCUGAAUACAAGUUUGACUUUCUGCAAACCAUUUGUAAUCACGAACAUUAUAUUCCUCUAAACUUGCCAAUGGCAUUUGCAAAACCGAAACUGCAGAGAGUUCAAGAUUCAAAUCUUGAAUACAGUUUAUCAGAUGAGUAUUGCAAGCAUCACUUCUUGGUUGGUCUACUUCUGAGGGAAACUUCCAUUGCUCUUCAGGACAAUUAUGAGAUCAGAUACACAGCUAUCUCUGUCAUAAAGAAUCUUUUGAUAAAACAUGCAUUUGAUACUAGAUACCAGCACAAGAACCAGCAAGCCAAAAUAGCACAAUUGUACCUCCCAUUUAUUGGACUGCUUUUGGAAAAUAUCCAGCGAUUAGCAGGUCGAGAUACCUUAUAUUCUUGUGCAGCCGUGCCUAGUUCUGCUUCCAGGGAUGAGUUUGCAUGUGGCUUUACUUCACCUACAAGUAGAGGAAGUCUAAGCACUGACAAAGACACUGCUUAUGGGUCAUUUCAAAAUGGACAUGGAAUUAAGAGGGAAGAUUCAAGAGGUUCCCUCAUCCCAGAAGGCGCAGCAGGACUUCCGGAUCCGGGCAGCACUGGUGAAAAUACUCGACAGAGUUCUACAAGGAGUAGUGUAUCCCAUUAUAACAGGCUGGAUCAAUAUGAAAUCAGAAGCCUCCUGAUGUGCCACCUGUACAUUGUAAAAAUGAUUUCUGAAGAUACCCUCUUAACUUACUGGAAUAAAGUAUCUCCUCAAGAGCUCAUAAACAUUCUCAUACUUCUAGAAGUAUGUUUGUUUCAAUUUAGAUAUAUGGGGAAAAGAAACAUAGCAAGGGUGCAUGAUGCCUGGCUAUCUAAACACUUGGGAAUAGACCGAAAAUCUCAAACUAUGCCUGCUCUACGAAACAGAUCAGAAGUAAUGCAAGCCCGACUUCAGCAUCUAAGUAGCCUGGAAAGUUCUUUUACACUUAAUCACAGUUCUGCAACAACGGAAGCAGAUAUUUUCCACCAGGCACUUCUUGAAGGCAACACUGCUACUGAGGUUUCCCUAACAGUGCUAGACACCAUAUCUUUUUUCACCCAGUGCUUCAAGAGCCAGCUUUUAAAUAAUGAUGGCCACAAUCCAUUAAUGAAAAAAGUGUUUGAUAUUCACCUGGCUUUUCUUAAGAAUGGACAGUCUGAAGUGUCGCUGAAACAUGUUUUUGCCUCACUGAGAGCCUUUAUUAGUAAGUUUCCCUCAGCCUUUUUCAAAGGACGGGUAAAUAUGUGUGCUGCAUUUUGCUAUGAAGUUUUAAAAUGCUGCACCUCGAAGAUUAGCUCAACCAGGAAUGAAGCAUCUGCCCUUUUGUAUCUUUUGAUGAGAAACAACUUUGAGUAUACCAAAAGGAAAACCUUUUUGAGGACACACCUACAGAUAAUAAUUGCUGUGAGCCAGCUGAUAGCUGAUGUAGCACUGAGUGGAGGAUCAAGAUUUCAGGAGUCUUUGUUCAUUAUCAAUAAUUUUGCCAAUAGUGACAGACCUAUGAAGGCAACUGCUUUUCCCACAGAAGUCAAAGACUUGACCAAGAGAAUCCGGACUGUUCUGAUGGCCACUGCUCAGAUGAAGGAACAUGAGAAAGACCCUGAAAUGCUAAUUGAUCUCCAGUAUAGCUUAGCCAAGUCCUAUGCAAGCACCCCGGAGCUCAGGAAAACCUGGCUUGACAGCAUGGCCAAGAUUCACAUAAAAAAUGGCGAUUUUUCAGAGGCUGCAAUGUGUUAUGUUCACGUAGCAGCUUUGGUUGCAGAGUUUCUUCAUCGAAAAAAAUUGUUCUCUAAUGGAUGUUCAGCCUUCAAGAAAAUCACUCCCAAUAUAGAUGAAGAAGGAGCAAUGAAAGAAGAUGCUGGAAUGAUGGAUGUCCAUUAUAGUGAAGAGGUUUUGCUGGAGUUGUUAGAACAAUGUGCGGAUGGCUUGUGGAAGGCAGAGCGUUACGAAGUGAUUUCUGAGAUUUCCAAGUUGAUCAUUCCAAUUUAUGAGAAACGUCGUGAGUUUGAGAAACUUACUCAAAUCUACAGAACUCUUCAUGGAGCUUACACAAAAAUCCUGGAGGUUAUGCACACCAAAAAAAGACUUUUGGGUACUUUCUUCAGAGUUGCCUUUUAUGGCCAAUCCUUUUUUGAAGAAGAAGAUGGAAAGGAGUAUAUCUACAAAGAACCGAAGCUUACCAGCCUCGCGGAGAUUUCCCUGAGGCUUGUGAAACUUUAUGGUGAAAAAUUUGGAACAGAGAAUGUGAAAAUAAUUCAGGACUCAGACAAGGUAAAUGCCAAAGAACUUGAUCCAAAAUAUGCUUAUAUCCAAGUCACUUAUGUGAAGCCCUAUUUCGAUGACAAAGAACUCACAGAAAGAAAGACUGAGUUUGAAAGAAAUCAUAAUAUCACCAGAUUUGUUUUUGAGGCUCCCUAUACUUUAUCAGGCAAAAAGCAAGGUUGCAUAGAAGAACAGUGUAAACGCCGAACAAUCGUGACUACAUCAAACUCGUUUCCAUAUGUGAAGAAAAGGAUCCCUAUAAACUCCGAACAGCAGAUUAAUCUAAAACCAAUUGAUGUUGCUACUGACGAAAUAAAAGAUAAAACGGCAGAGCUACAGAAGCUUUGCUCCUGUGCUGACGUGGACAUGAUUCAGCUCCAACUGAAAUUGCAGGGCUGUGUUUCUGUGCAGGUCAAUGCCGGUCCAUUAGCAUAUGCAAGAACUUUCUUAAAUGACAGUCAAGCUAGCAAAUACCCACCUAAAAAAGUGAAUGAGUUGAAAGACAUGUUUAGGAGAUUUAUACAAGCCUGCAGCAUUGCACUUGAACUAAAUGAGCGGCUAAUUAAAGAAGAUCAAAUCGAGUACCAUGAAGGGCUAAAGUCAAAUUUCAGAGACAUGGUGAAAGAAUUGUCGGACAUAAUCCAUGAGCAGAUAUUACAAGAAGACACAAUGCAUUCUCCCUGGAUGAGCAACACAUUGCAUGUAUUUUGUGCAAUUAGUGGUACAUCAAGUGACAGAGGUUAUGGUUCCCCAAGAUACGCUGCUGAAGUCUGAGAACAUGCAGGUGUAAAAUGACAACAAAACUGACCUUUCUCAGGAAUAUUCGGAGCUGUGCAAAUGUUCACAUUUAAAGAUUCAAUGUACAUGGAGUGUUCUCUCUGCACACCAAAAUGUUGAUGCUUUCAAACAGGGUGCUUACAUAUUUUGUAAAUAUUUAAGCAACUUGAAAGUGCCUGGAAAAUUGCACCACUGUGCUUGGUUUGUACUUUUUAAAGUAAAUCUGUAUACUGAGAAGUAGAGCGCAAAACCAUGAGAUCAGUUUGCUUAAUUAUUGCUUAACAUAAUAAAGGUACUAUGUAAAGUUGUAUAAUGGAACACAAUAAAAGGUAAAACUUCUUUGUAA